GCACCGCCCCCUCGCCUCCCCCGCGGGAGGUCAGGGCGGCGGUAGCGGAAGCUUCUCCCUGCUGGCGCUGCGUCGCGUCCUGUCCUGUGCCUGGCCCCGCCACCUUCCGCUCCCGUCGGCAGCAUGACAGCUCCUGCCUCCGCCUCCCGCAGGUGACACCCCGCGGGCUCUUCCGCCUCGUAUAUGGGCCACCUGCUCUCGAAGGAGGCUAGCAGUCUGAGCAGGGACCGUCGCUGCCGCCGGGGGAGGAAGGUGCCGCCGCCGCGCAGCCGGAGCUGCUUCCUGCGCGGGCCCUGCAUGCUGUGCUUCAUCGUGCACAGCGCCAGCCCGCCCGCUCCGGAGCAGCCUCUGCCCGCCCGCGACCCCCUGCCGCCGCCGCCCUACGCGGCCCUCGCCACCGCGGAGCAGCGCGCCGCCCGCCGCCUCCUCUGCCUGCCGCCCGCCGCCUGGGAGCCGCGGAGCCGUUGCCAGCGCCUCCUCCUCUCAGGCCUGCUGUCCUCGCCGGUGCGGGGCCUCCUGGGGCCGGCCAGGCCGCCCGGCGAGGUCGCCUCCGAGAUGGUGUGUAAGCGCAAGGGAGCCGGCCUGCCCGCCUGCCCGCCCAGCAAGCAGCCGCGCUGCGCGGCCGCCGCCGCCGCGGAGCCCGAGGCCGGCUCCGCGGCGAGCGGUGGGGACGCGUCGGCCCGGGGCGCCGCCGCCGGGGACAGCGGCGGCGGGGGGCAGCCCGCCUCGCCGCCGCCGCCCCCCGCGCUGGAGGAGAAGGAGGAGGAGGAGAAAGAGAAGGAGAGGGGCGGCGAGGCAGGCUGCGAGGAGCCGCAGGAACACCCCGGCGACGGCUGCCGGGAGCCGCUGCUGGCGCUCACCCCAAACAUUAACCAUCUGCCGCCCUCCAUCCUCCUCAAGAUAUUUUCCAAUUUAUCCCUGAAUGAGCGUUGCCUUUCAGUGUCAUUAGUCUGUAAAUAUUGGCGUGAACUCUGUUUAGACUUUCAGUUUUGGAAGCAACUGGAUCUCAGUAGUCGUCAACAGGUCACUGAUGAGCUGUUGGAAAAGAUAGCAUCAAGAAGCCAGAAUGUUACUGAAAUCAAUAUUUCUGAUUGUCGCAAUGUAUCUGAUAAAGGAGUAUGCAUAUUAGCAAUUAAAUGUCCUGGGCUCCUAAGGUAUACUGCCUACAGGUGUAAACAGCUUUCUGACAUCUCUAUUAUUGCAGUUGCCUCUCAGUGUCCUCUUCUUCAGAAAGUGCAUGUAGGCAAUCAAGACAGACUCACUGAUGAAGGCCUAAAGCAGCUGGGUUCAAAAUGCAGAGAAUUGAAAGACAUUCAUUUUGGGCAGUGUUACAAGAUCUCAGAUGAAGGAAUGAUCUUUAUAGCUAAAGGCUGUGAGAAGUUGCAAAGAAUAUACAUGCAAGAAAACAAAUUAGUGACAGAUCGGUCAGUGAGGGCUUUUGCUGAACAUUGUCCUGAGCUGCAAUAUGUUGGUUUUAUGGGCUGCUCUGUUACAUCAAAAGGAGUCAUUCACCUCACCAAACUAAGAAACCUUUCCAGCUUGGAUCUACGUCAUAUCACAGAACUGGACAAUGAAACAGUGAUGGAAAUAGUAAAGAGAUGCAAAAACCUUAAUUCCCUCAAUCUGUGUCUGAACUGGAUCAUUAAUGACAGAUGUGUGGAAGUGAUUGCCAAAGAAGGCCGGAACCUGAAGGAGCUAUAUUUAGUAUCCUGUAAGAUCACUGACUCUGCUCUGAUAGCCAUUGGACAAUACAGCAUGACAGUAGAGACAGUGGAUGUUGGAUGGUGCAAAGAAAUCACAGACCAUGGAGCCACCCAAAUUGCACAAAGCAGCAAGUCUCUGAGAUAUUUAGGGCUGAUGAGAUGCGAUAAGGUGAAUGAAGCCACAGUAGAGCAGCUAGUGCAGCAGUAUCCACAUAUAACCUUCAGUACUGUGCUGCAGGAUUGCAAGAGGACAUUGGAACGGGCUUAUCAAAUGGGCUGGACACCCAGUAUGUCUACUGCCUCUUAACCUCCUAUACAACAUGAGAGUUCCACUCUGUGGCAUUCAGUAGUUUUAAUGGGGAUUACACAGGGUUCACAACUCUCAUAUGAUGCAAUAUAAUUGUGAGUUUCCAGAGGUUACAGUAAAAUGGCAAAUGCUGUACGCUGACUUUAAUGUAAUGUACAACUAAGUACUAAUAUUGAAGCAAAACUUUAGAAAUGCAUUGUGGUUUUGUUAGCAUAAAAGAUAUAAAAGCCUUUGGCAGAUUUCUUGAAGUGGAUUCCUACUAGUUCUCUGGAUAGUUUGAGUUAUAGAAGAUGUUAAACUUGUUUUCCACUGUUUAGUUUACUUUGCUUUGGUCAUGGGUGUUUCCAUUGAUUUGUAAAUGGUAACUCAGUGCUGGCACCGGUGCAGUUGAUCAGCAGAGGCCUGUGUUGAAACUGGGAAUUAAAUUUGAUGCUUAUUAUUUACUAAAAUUAUCCCAGGAGUUUUAAGAUGCACAGUAAUAAGAAAAUCUACAAAGAACUGUGAUUUUCUUACACAUAUUUUGAUAAUUGUACGAAUCAUCAAACAGAAAUCUUAGUAAACAAUGAUGAUGAGAGAAUGGAUAUUUAAUGGACAAUCUUACUUAUUUUCUCUCACUCAACAGAAUUGCUAUCUUCUUUCAUUUUGUUUUGUUUAAAAUAAAGAAGUGCUGCAGAGACUUUCAAA